AUGGACUUUUUAUAUCAUUCUUAUGCUUCUGGCGCUGUCACGCUGGGUACUUUUGUCGUCAUGCGCGAGACGAGCGCCGUCGCAAUUCUCAAGAGCAAGGCAGCGCGCCUUCGCAAGGAAUCGGGCAAUCCGAAUCUCCGUGCUGCGGGCGACAGACAGACCCCCAUCAAGGACCUUGUGGCUCACGCCUUGACCCGCCCAAUCAAGUUUCUUGCUCUGUCGCUCAUCGUCAUUCUUAUCCCGCUUUACAUAGCCUUCAACUUCGGCGUUACGAUGCUCCUCUUUGCCACCUUUCCGACUGUUUUUGAGAACACCUACCACUGGAGCAUCGGAAUUUCCGGCCUGGCCUACGUCGGCAUGGGCGUGGGCUGUGCCAUUGGUGUGGUGACCUUUUCCAAGCUUAGCGAUCGCCUGCUGCGUACUGAGGGCGGAGAAUAUCGUGCAGAACGGCGCUUGAUCCUGAUGAUUGCGGGAUCAUCAAUUCUUCGUCGCAAACAUAUCAUCGACAUUUUCGGGCCUCACGCCGCGGCGUCCGCGCUUACCGCUGUCACGCUGCUGCGGAACCUGCUGGGUGCCUUUCUGCCUAUUGCUGCCCCGUCUCUCUACGCCCAUCUGAAUCUGGGCUAG